UCCUGUCACUUUCCGCGAUUCGUAAACAGGACACCCGUUUCCUUGUGCGAGUGAAGUGAAGCAGGUUCAAACAUGGCUCAGUGCGGUGUGUUUUGUCACAGGCUGUUUCACACUUAUGUUAAAAACGUACAAAAAUGCAGCGCCAGAUGUACACACACCUUAGUACGGUGGGAAACCCGACCGAAGAAUGCGCCGUUACCGCGGAGAGACGCCCGCUGCUGCCUGGUGAAUGUGAGUCAGAGGCAGACCUGCAGAUCAACACACCGAGCUUUUUCGUCCACACUUCCACCACCGCCACCACGGGGUGAGCCCAAGCAGUCCGGGCCUGUAACGUGGAAAUCUUUAGCAAUAACCUUUGCUAUUGGAGGUGCUGCGUUGGCAGGGAUGAAGUAUUUCAAAAAAGAAAAGGAAGAAAUGAUGGAGAAAGAGAGGAACAAGUCGAUCGGUCGGCCGGCGCUCGGCGGUCCAUUCUCGCUCAUUGAUCACAACAACAAACCCGUCAAGAGCGAGGAUUUCCUGGGCCAGUGGAUCCUCCUCUACUUUGGCUUCACGCACUGUCCCGACAUCUGCCCGGACGAAUUAGAAAAGAUGAUCGAAGUCGUGGAUGAAAUCGAUGAAAUAAAGUCUCUUCCAAACCUGACGCCUCUCCUCAUCACCAUCGACCCCGACAGAGACACACCAGAGGCCAUGGCCGCUUAUGUCAAAGAGUUUUCUCCGAAGCUGAUUGGCCUGACGGGAACGACGGCCGCGGUUGAGCAGGUUUCCAGAGCCUACAGAGUUUAUUACAGUCAAGGACCAAAGGACGAAGACAACGACUACAUCGUUGACCACACCAUCAUCAUGUACCUCGUGGGUCCAGACGGAGACUUUGUGGAGUAUUUUGGACAGAACAAACGGAACGUGGAGAUCAGCAGCUCCAUAGCAGCACACAUGAGGAAGUACAAGAAGGAGAAGUGAGCCGUGACUGUCCUCAGGUGUCUCUGGUCCACUUUGUUCAUCACUGCAGUUCUGUUUUAAAAUGGCACUUAUUAUUUAUUUUGGCGGCACUAUUAUAUAAAAAAACUUUAAAAGGAAAACACAUCUUAAGCCCCCUUUGAUUUUGAGCUCCAUGAUUGUUGCCAGUCAGUUUGCAAAAGACUGGAAAAGUCCUUUCUGCUCGAAACACCAGUGUCUCUGUCUCAUAGAUAGAUAGAUAGAUUUACUGUGUUUCAUUGGCUUGAUUUGUGCUGUGUUUGUGGUUUUACACGAAGCAAAACCUUUUCCAGAGUAAUAAUACUGAUCAAAGUAUCUUUAAACUCUGCCUUUCUGCUAAUGAGGAAGAACCGACGUGGAUGAUGUACUGAUACCGAAGAAUCAAGAAGAAAUCUUUGGAAACGUGUCCGCAUGACUUCCUGUUUGUCAGUAGUUGUGCAGCUUUUACGCAGCAACAGAACAACUUUGACAGAUCACAUCAAAGGUAUCGUGUCCAGUCGGCUGUUAAUAUAAAGGGUAAUUUAGAGGAGAAUGUGGACGUAAAAAUGUGUACAAACCUCCUCGUCUGAGGAACGAGGAAAACACUGUGGUUAAAAGCCUUAAACUUGAAGAAGUCACUGAAUAUAUAAUAAUGUUUGUUUGACUGCUGCACCGUGAUAACUCCAUCUGUUCAUUCAAAAGCACUUUUCCCUCUGUCUGGUAAAUAAACUUUAAUGCUGCGUUCCAUUUACAUCAGAACUGGUAGCGACAUCAAAGAAUCCCAAA